AUGGCUUUGAAUGGCCAUUUUUGUUUUGAGCUUUGUAAAGGGGAAAAGAAAAUUAGUUUGAUGAUUCAGAACAUCCUCACCGUCACCGUCAAAAACGCCGCCGUCCACGACGUCCCCCCACCUAUCCGCCGGGCUGCAGUCCUUUUUGUGGCGGAGCUUCCAAUCCAGGGCCUGACAAGCUCGCGAGCAGUAGUUCACGGUGCCGCACACAGAGCACCGCCGGAACUCGUGCCGCCUCGUCUCGGGCCGCCCGCAGCCCGUGUGGGAGCACAGUCGGAGGCCCGAUCCCGGCCCGUCCUCGCCCAUGCCGGCGAACCACUCCGAGAGAAAUCGAUUGGCCGCGUGAGCCUCCGGCGCCGGCACGUUGCAGCCGAAGUCGCUGAGGAGGGGGCAACCGCCGGCGCCGGCGGCCGGCUGGCGGUGGUAGUGGUUGCAGGUGAGCCAGGAGCGGGGAACGACGGCGGCAGGGUGCGCGACGAGGACGAGGGCGAGCUCGCGGGCGUUGGCCUGGACGAGGAAACGGCGGCCCUCGGCGACGUUCUGGCGGACGCCGUAGCCGUCCUGGAGGCAGUGGCCGAGCUCCCGGAGAGCGUCGACGUGGCCGAGGAAGGCGGCCCGCGCGCAGAGGGCGACGCCGGCUCGGAGGUCCUUGUCGCUCUUGGAGCCGCCGCUGCCGUUGAACUGGAUGACGGCGAGAGAGUACAGCGCCGGAGCGUGAGAGGCAAUCGCGGCCCGGGCCAUCAGGGACGCCCCGCUCCCUCUGUUUUCCAGGCAAGUGUAGCACGCCUCGACGCUGCCGGAAUCGGCGCAGAGUUUGAGGAAUCGGUGAGCCGACUCGGACCACACACUGAUGAAAUCGGCGGGGCAGCCGGCGUUGGAGCUGAGCUUGCCGAGAAUACAGAGGACGAUGUCAUCAGGCAAGACCUCAAAAUAAUCGUACCCUCCUCGACUUUCCGGCGAGGCUCUCAUCCUUUUCCGGCAGCCGGUGUGUUCUCCGGCCGGAUUUCUUCUCCGAUUAGUCUCGACACAGAUAUUCAUCACUCGAGGAUAGCAUAA